ACAAAGGUCGAAACGCCAUCGAAGUCACCACGCUUCACUUAACACAACCUAAUUUUCUAUCAUGAUAAGAAAGCAGUUGCUUCCUUAAUACUACUAUUACUACUUUAGUUAUGGUGACUAGCUGGAGAGCAGUGCCACACAGAUUAUGGUCCCUCUAAAACGCAAGAAAGUGACUACAGAGCCAACCGUAAGUCAUGACAAUAACGCGUGUAUAUUUCCUGAUGUUGUUAUUUGCAUCCUGGAAAGGAAGAUGGGUGCAUCCAGAAAGUCCUUCCUGACGCGUCUUGCAAGGAGUAAAGGAUUUCUGAUUCAAGAGGCUUACAGCUCUUCCAUCACUCACCUGGUGUCAGAAAACAACACUAGGGAUGAAGUUGACAAUUGGAUUAAGAAGCAGGAGAUAGAAGGAAAAACCUCAACCGAUUCAGUCAAUCUGUUGGACAUCAGUUGGUUGACUGAGAGCAUGACGAGUGGAAAUCCUGUCCCCAUUCAGGACAGACACAGGUUAAAGAUCAGCAUGAAACCCUCUGAUUUCACUCCUGCGGUUAAAAUGAAGAGUUAUGCCUGUCAGAGGAGAACUCCACUGAAGCACCACAACUUAUUCCUUACAGAUGCUCUGGAGACCCUAGCCCAGAAUGCAGAGUUCAGUGAGAAUGAAGGCAGGAGCGUAGCCUUCCGAAGGUCUGCAUCAGUCUUGAAGGCACUUCCUCAUGUUGUGCGCGCCAUGGACGAAUUGAAGGACUUGCCCUGCUUGGGUGAGCAUUCCCUGAGAGUUAUAAAGGAGAUUUUAGAAGAUGGCACAUCAAGUGAAGUGGAGUCGACUAGGCAGUCUGAGCAGUUCCAAGCCAUGAAGGCACUGACUGGUAUUUUUGGUGUCGGAGUUCGGACUGCUGAUCGGUGGUUUAGGGAAGGCCUACGGAGUCCGUUAGACCUCAUUCAUACAGGACAAAAACUGAACCAUGCACAGCAAGCAGGAGUACAGUAUUAUAAAGAUCUUAACACACCUGUCACUAAAAAGGAGGCUGUGGUCAUCAGUGACAUUGUCGAGAAGACAGUAAAAGCUGUGCUGCCUGGGGCAAUUAUUACACUUACAGGAGGAUUCAGAAGGGGUAAAGAGGUGGGCCAUGAUGUGGACUUUCUCAUCACACACCCAGAGGAGGGGGCAGAAGAAAGGCUGAUGCCCAAGAUUGUGAAUUGUUUGGAAGAUCAGGGUUUGCUGUUAUACCAGAAAACAACUGUGAAUUCUUACCUAGAGAGUAAAGACGGACCCGCUCGUCCUGCUAGCAACAUGGACCGAUUUGAGAGAUGCUUCUCUAUAUUUAAGCUUGAAGUGGAUAGUGAAACACACGCAGAAGGUUCUUUGUCUAACUCCUGCAGUACACAUCACUCAGGGUCUACAUGGAGAGCUGUUCGGGUCGAUCUUGUGGUCAGUCCUUACAGUCAGUUUGCUUUUGCUACGCUUGGCUGGACUGGAUCCAAGCUCUUUGAAAGGGAGCUGAGACGCUGGGCCGGACAAGAGAAGGCAAUGUCCUUAAGCAGUCACGCACUCUACGACAGCAAGCAACAGCGCUAUCUUCGAGCAAACUCCGAGGAGGAAAUUUUCACCCAUUUGGGCCUGGAGUAUAUUCCUCCUUCAGAGAGAAACGCAUGACACACAUCAGUCUGGCCCAGAAUUAACUUACUACCUCAUCUGAACGAUCAUGACGUAAAAAUCAUUGAUUUAUGAUUUAACUACCAAUCAUGUUCUUUAACUAAAUAGUAAAUCUGAAUAUCAUUUAUAAUGACAAAAAUCUAUGUUUGUAUUUAUUUAUCGUGACUUUCUGUAUCUUACUGGAGCUGA